GAAUUUUAACCAGUGACAGCAUCAGUGAAUUGACUCAUGAUUAUGUGUUUGUGACACCUGUCAAAGUGGAUUCCCGUGGAUCGUACAUCUCACAUGAUGUUUUGCACAGUAUUAGGAGAAAGAGAGCAACUCAGAGUUCAAAGAGUUCAUUGCACUACAAAUUUUCAGCAUUUGGACAGGAGCUUCACUUAGAACUUAAACCUUCGACCAUUUUAAGCAGCAGUUUUAUUGUCCAGGUACUCGGGAAAGAUGGAGUGUCAAAUUCUCAGGAACAUGAAAUUGAGCAGUGUUUCUACCAGGGAUUUAUAAGGAAUGAUAGCACCUCUUCGGUAGCAAUAUCUACAUGUGUAGGCUUGUCAGGUUUGAUAAGGACACGGAAGAUCGAGUUCCUUAUAUCUCCGUUACCUCAGCAGCUAGCACAGGAGCACAACUACACAUCACCUGCUGGACACCACCCUCAUGUGUUAUACAAGCGAACGGCAGAACAGAAGGUGCACCAGUACACAGUACAGUCCCAUCCCAAAUACUUUUCUUUUGGCCAUCACAGAAUGCGCACUUCCCACGAGUAUCAUGCUCAAGCGAAUGGUUACCACCAUGGAAGGUUUCAAAAGCAACAUUUUUGUGGACGUCGCAAGAAAUAUGCACCUAAGCCACCCACAGAAGAGACAUAUAUUCGUUCAGAUGAGUAUGGGACAUCCAUGAGGUUCAAAAGAUCAUCUGCUAAAAUUCAGAAAAAUGGAAGUCUAAAUGUUGAAACCCUUGUUGUGGCAGAUAAAAAAAUGUUGGAGAAACAUGGCAAGGAAAAUGUAACAACAUACAUCUUGACUGUCAUGAACAUGGUCUCUAGUCUGUUUAAAGAUGGAACAAUUGGAAGUGAUAUAAAUGUUAUUGUUGUAAGCCUGCUUCUUUUGGAACAAGAACCUGAUGGGUUACUGAUCAACCACCAUGCAGACCAGUCCCUGAACAGCUUUUGCCAAUGGCAGUCUGCCCUGGUUGGGAAGAAUGGGAAGCGCCAUGACCAUGCCAUCCUGCUUACAGGUUUUGAUAUCUGCUCUUGGAAAAAUGAGCCCUGUGAUACUUUAGGAUUUGCACCUAUCAGUGGCAUGUGCAGCAAAUACCGCAGCUGCACCAUCAAUGAAGAUACAGGCCUUGGACUGGCUUUUACAAUUGCUCAUGAGUCUGGACACAACUUUGGUAUGAUUCAUGAUGGAGAAGGAAAUGCUUGCAGAAAAGCUGAGGGAAAUAUUAUGUCUCCCACACUCACGGGAAACAAUGGAGUGUUUUCCUGGUCUGUAUGCAGCAGGCAGUAUCUCAACAAAUUUCUCAGUACAGCUCAAGCUGCCUGCCUGAUUGAUGAACCUAAGCAAACAGGACAGUAUAAAUACCCUGACAAACUGCCAGGGCAGAUCUAUGAUGCUGAUACCCAGUGCAAAUGGCAAUUUGGAAUGAAAGCAAAACUAUGCAACCUCAGCUUUGUAAAGGAUAUAUGCAAAUCUCUCUGGUGUCACAAAGUGGGUCACAGGUGUGAGACAAAGUUCAUGCCUGCAGCAGAAGGAACUGCUUGUGGUAUAAGUAUGUGGUGUCGAAGAGGACAGUGUGUCAAAUAUGGUGAUCAUGGCCCCAAGCCUGUGAAUGGCCAGUGGUCUGCCUGGUCCAAGUGGUCAGAGUGUACUCGCACUUGUGGAGGUGGGGUCACAUACCAAGAAAGACACUGCAAUAAUCCAAAGCCACAGUAUGGGGGCAAAUUCUGCCAAGGUUCCAGUCGUAUUUAUCAGCUUUGUAAUCAUCAGCCCUGUCCAGCAAAUAGCUUGGACUUCCGUGCCCAGCAGUGUGCAGAGUACAACAGCAAACCCUUCCGGGGGUGGUACUACAAGUGGAAGCCAUACACCAAAGUGGAAGAGGAAGACAGAUGCAAAUUGUACUGCACAGCUGAAGACUUCGACUUUUUCUUCGCAAUGUCCAGCAAAGUGAAAGAUGGAACUCUGUGUUCUCCAAAUAAAUAUGAUGUUUGUAUUGAUGGAAUAUGUGAACAAGUAGGGUGUGAUCAUGGACUUGGUUCCAAAGCUGUAUUGGAUGCUUGUGGAGUUUGUAAAGGAGAUAAUUCAACAUGCAAGUUCUUUAAAGGCCAAUACUUGAUCCAGCACAAAGCUAAUGACUACUAUGCCGUGGUGACUGUUCCCGCAGGCGCACGCAGCAUACAGCUGCAGGAGAUACAAGUCUCCACCAGUUACCUCGCGGUGCGCAACCUUGGUAAAAAGUAUUACCUGACAGGAGAUUGGACAAUUGACUGGCCAGGAAAGUUCCCUUUCGCUGGAACAGUUUUUGAUUAUCAACGCUCUUUUAGCCAUCCAGAGAGUCUAUAUGCAGCAGGACCGACUAAUGAGACGCUGGUCUUUGAAAUCCUGUUACAAGGCAAAAAUCCUGGGAUUGCUUGGGAAUAUACUUUUCCCAAAACCAACACUGAAAACAAGACAUCUGUCAGAAAACACAGCUACUCCUGGGUGACGGUGCAGUCUGAGUGCUCAGCUAUCUGUGGUGGUGGACACAUUACAGCAAAAGCAGUUUGUUUAGAAGAUCAUCGUGCACGGGUUAACGCCUCCCUUUGUGGCCCAAGGAUGAAGCCUUUAACUGAAACAAAACUAUGCAACACUAAUCCCUGCCCAGCAUACUGGUCAGCAGGUGAAUGGAGCACAUGCAGCAAAUCUUGUGGAGGAGGGCAGCAAAGUCGUCUCAUUCAGUGCAUCCAGAAAAGGGCAUUCCAAAGAGAGGAGGUUGUUUCCCAUUCCCUGUGUCCUGUCAGCACCCCACCACAGGUGCAGAUGUGCAGUAGUCAUGAUUGCCCACCUGAAUGGAGCCCUGGCCCAUGGUCUCAGUGCUCCAAGACCUGUGGGAGAGGUAUUAAGAAACGGGAUGUCUACUGCAAAAGUACUGGUUCUCCCAAAGUGAAAAUCUUGCCUGAAAGCAUGUGCAGCAGAGACAAUAAACCCGAAUCCCAGCAGACCUGUGUGCUGGGACGCUGUCCCAAAAACGACCAGCUCCAGUGGGUGAUUUCUUCCUGGAGUGAGUGCUCAGCCUCCUGCGGCCCAGGUGUACAAAGGCGAGAGCUGAAAUGCAGCGAGAAGAGCCUCCAUGGGAAAUUGAUCACCUUUCCUCAGAGAAGGUGCAGAAACAUCAAGAAACCAAACACGAACCUGGAAGAAGCUUGUAACAAGGGAGCUUGUCCAUCACAGACAUAUAACAUGGUGUCUGGCUGGUAUUCCUCGCCCUGGCAGCAGUGUACAGUGACCUGUGGAGGGGGAGUGCAGACCCGGAGCGUGCAGUGCCUGCGCCAAGGGAGACCAGCUUCUGGGUGCAUGCCUCAUCAGAAACCAGCUGUCUUGAGAGCUUGCAAUACCAACUUCUGCCCAGUCCCUGUGAAAAGAGAUGAUCCUUCUUGUGUGGAUUUCUUCACUUGGUGCCAUCUGGUGCCUCAGCAUGGUGUCUGUAACCACAAAUUUUAUGGCAAGCAAUGUUGUAAAUCAUGCACAAAGAAGAUCUGAUAGCAGGGUGUUAUCUGAACCCUUCAGUGACAGAAAUCUUUUCUUCAAUUUAUGUUGGAAUUACCUCUGCUUUGAGGCAAGACAUGGUGCCACAUAAGCCACUGAUGGAAGAAACAUUUUUUCUAAGGGAAUAUCUGAGGUACAGUAAUUGUUGGAUAUAUGUUGAAAAAGGAAUGUUUCUUUCUUUUCUUUACUUGCUGACCUCACUAAAGCACAGGGUACUAUGGAUCACUUGAACACUGAGACUCAAGGGGAAGUUCUUCUUUCUUUAGAAGUGUCAUUUUGCACAUGUCACGUGUUAAAAGGAAGAAGUUAAGGCAAGGAAGCCUUUCCUGGCUAAUUUACCAGAAUGCAAAGCAAAGGGAUUGGGAGCUCAAGGAGGAAGGCUGCAGCAUGGCAGCAUG